CAUUUCUCAGAUACGAGUCUUUGCUUGACUACUGUUUUUGUGGUCUGGGCAGGAGGAGCUCCAUGUUCAGAAGGAGUCUGUAAAGGAAUUUUUCAUCAAAGGCCCUGGAGCAGCCUGUGACUUGACCUCACUAUACUUCCAGGAAAGUACCAUGACCCGUUGCAGCCAUCAGCAGUCUCCCUACCAGCUCCUAUUUGGGGAACCCCACAUCUUUGAAGAUAUCCUAGGCUUGAAGAUCCGCAUUUCUCCAGAAGCCUUUUUCCAGAUUAACACUGCUGGUGCAGAGAUGCUGUAUAGGACUGUGAGGGAGCUGAGUGGAGUGAACUCUGACACCAUCCUUCUUGACAUCUGCUGUGGAACUGGUGUAAUUGGCCUCUCUCUAGCUCAGCAUACAUCCCAUGUCCUCGGGAUUGAAUUGGUGGAGCAGGCAGUAGAGGAUGCCAGGUGGACUGCAGACUUCAAUGGCAUCACCAACUGUGAAUUUCACACUGGUCGAGCAGAGAGGAUUUUGCCACAGCUGUUAAUGUCAAAGGAAGAUGAGCAGUUAAUUGCUGUGGUGAACCCUGCCCGUGCUGGACUGCAUUAUAAGGUGGUUCAAGCCAUUCGAAACUGCAGGGCUAUCCACACACUAGUUUUUAUUUCCUGCAAGCCCCAUGGUGAAACCACAAGAAACAUCAUUGAGCUAUGCUGUCCUCCAAACUCUGCUAAGAAGCUCCAAGGCAAGCCUUUUGUCCUGAGACAAGCUGUACCUGUGGAUUUGUUUCCCCAUACCCAACACUGCGAGCUGGUGCUCCUGUUCACUCGAUAAGCAGCCUCCUAGAAGACUGCAGGCUAUUUGUUAAGGCUGAAAUUUCACAAACUUUCAGGUUUGGCAUAUUGCUACAUUGCAGAUGCUGGGAGCAUAACCAGAGAAGGUAAUCUUUGGAUUGUGAGCUGGAAAAAUAUAGUAGUCCUCAGUCUCAGGCACAUUUAACCUUAGUCUUUAGGUUCCCUUGGUGGUUGUGCUCGUUUGCCUUGUUUUACCACUUUCCAUUCCUUGACCCUGGAUCUAGAUUGUUUCUUCCUUUUGCUGUCAGCCUGUCAUAGUUCUCUUGGUCCUAGUUUAUUUUCUUAUUUUCUUCCAUCUGAGUCUGUUUAUGGCAUGGUGGCAACUGGGCUUUUUAUAGCAGCUGGUAAUAAUUUCACAUUGACUAGAGUCUGUAUUUGCUCAGAGAUUUCACUAUUUUUAGAUGUUUGUAAGACUUCAAAGUUCAUGAGGUAGCCAAGGAUUAGAACUAGAAAUAAAUUUAGCUUUUUACAAAGCAGAGUAAGCUACCUAGUGAUUGCAAGGUGACUGAGUGAUCAUUGGUAUAGAUGCAUUCCUUUGGGCUUCCUUGGCUUUGAAGCCUCUAGAAUGCCCAUUGAUAAUGUGAUUAUCCCUAGGAGCAAUAGCACCAAUUAAUUCUCACCCACAGAGGGAGAAUUGCUUAUUGGAGAGACCCUAAGGC